AUAGCAGGCAGGGCUUUAACUAAAAGCUUUCCAGUGACAGAAAGUAUAAGAACAUGAGUUUAUCCAAGAAUACUAAAUUGUAGCUAUGAUUAGAUCAUAUUUUCUAAAAUUUGUGGCAAUUUUUGCCCUGUUUGUCCUGAGUGUUAGUGCGACUGACACUUUCAUUGCUGCAGUGUAUGAACAUGCUGUUAUAUUACCAAAUAAAACAGAAACACCGGUUUCCAAAGAAGAAGCUUUGCUCCUGAUGAACAAGAAUAUGGAUGUUUUGGAGAAAGCAGUUAAACUGGCAGCCAGGCAGGGUGCAAAUAUUAUUGUGACCCCAGAAGAUGGAAUUUAUGGCUGGAUCUUCACAAGGGAAACCGUUUACCCCUAUCUGGAAGAUAUCCCACACCCAGAAGUCAAUUGGAUUCCGUGUAAAGACCCUCAGAGGUUUGGCUAUGCCCCAGUGCAAGAAAGACUCAGCUGCCUGGCCAAGGACAACUCUAUCUACCUCGUGGCGAAUAUUGGGGACAAGAAGCCUUGUAAUGCCAGUGACCCCCAGUGUCCCCCUGAUGGUCGUUACCAGUACAACACUAAUGUAGCAUUUGAUUCUGAGGGCAGGCUGGUGGCACGCUACCAUAAGUAUAAUCUUUAUGCACCUGAAACUCAGUUUGAUUUCCCCAAGGAUUUAGAACUUGUGACUCUUGACACUCCUUUUGGGAAGUUUGGCAUUUUCACUUGCUUCGACAUUUUUUCUCAUGAUCCGGCUGUAGUGCUGGUGGAAAAGUUGCAAGUUGACAGUGUUCUCUUUCCCACGGCAUGGGGCAACUUGCUGCCCCUCCUCUCAGCUGUUCCCUUCCAUUCGUCAUGGGCCAGAGCCAUGAGAGUCAACCUGCUUGCAGCAAAUGUCCACAACACCACCAUGCAUAUGACAGGGAGUGGAAUCUACACACCUGAAGGAGUCAACGUGUACCACUAUGACAUGGAAACAGAGAGUGGCCAGCUGAUGCUCUCAGAAUUGAAGUCCCGGCCUCGAGAUGAACCCACCUACCCUGCACCUGUUGACUGGGGUGCUUAUGCCAAAAGCAUCAGGCCAUUCUCGUCUGAGCAGCCGGAUUUCCCAGGGAUGUUUUAUUUUGAUGAGUUCACUUUCACGGAGCUUAAGAGAAGUGCAGGAAAUUACACAGUUUGCCAGAAAGACCUGUGCUGUCACUUAACUUACAAGAUGUCCGAGAAGCGAGCAGAUGAGUCGUAUGCACUGGGGGCCUUUGACGGACUGCACACAGUAGACGGCCGAUAUUACCUACAGGUAUGCACAUUAGUGAAGUGUCGAACCACUGACCUGAGAACUUGUGGGGAGGCCAUUGGGUCUGCUUUUACCAAGUUUGAAGACUUCUCCCUCAGCGGCACAUUUGGAACAAGUUACGUUUUCCCACAGCUCACUUUAAGUGGAAGUCAGCUUGGUCCUGAAAGAUAUUAUGAGAUUUCAAGAGAUGGACGUCUGAAGAGCAGAAGUGGAACCCCCUUGCCUAUCUUAGCUAUGGCCCUGUAUGGAAGAGUGUUUGAGAAGGACGCUCCGAGAAUGGGGCAGGGACCAGCGAAACUGGAAUGAUCCCCUUUCAGGAUUAGCGUGACGAAAGGAAGGA